AUGUUGCUCAUCGUUCUUCUGACCAGUAUUUUAGCGAUUUUAUUUUCAUUCCUGGCGCUCUACCUGAACUCUUUCAUACUGUUCUCCAUCUUCUAUUGCAAACGAGCACACGUGAAUCGAAGUAUGAUACUAAUUUAUUUCAAAUUCGGACUUGAUGCAAUUAUAAUGUUUUUUAUGUUUUUUGUCGAGAUAUAUAAUCUAAGCACAAGUUACCGUGUUAAUUUGAUCACAAAAAAUAUAGCGUUUCUUCUGGUUUGGCCAUCUUCCUCAACUGCAAGCAUUAGAUCAACUCUGGCACUAUUGAUAUCUAUUUCAAGAGUUAUUGCCGCGUGCUUCCCAAUUUUCUUCCGCAGGUAUCAAGAAAAAAUCAUCAAAUUUGAAAUAAUACUCAUACUCAUACCUGAUGGUUUAUUGGAUCAACUUGUAAUGAUUGGAUUUUGCAAAAACUCUAUAAAUACCCCGUUAGAAUGCGACCGCUUCUUUUGUGCCAUAAACAGCUGUUACUAUUUUUAUUGGGUCUUGCAUGAGCAAACUGUUGGCUGUUUAAAUGUUGUAUUUUCCCUGAUUCUUUGCAUUCGAAUUCUCAGUUCCCACUAUUCUUCAAAAACGCAAACAAAUAAGAAACUGUCUAUAGCUACCCGCAUUGCACUUCUUAAUGCGUUCAUAGUUUUCUUCUUCAAUAUCAUUCCGUCAUACGCGUUUGCCAAUUUCACAAGUGCCAAUAUUGAGGUGGCUGGACCAAUGGCAACAGUUACCAAGACACUUGGAUUUGUAAUUGAGGGAUUAAUAACUCGUCGUGUAUUGUUUCGGAAGCCUCGCGUCUCACCCGGUGUUGCUUCACCAAAUGUAGUAGUUACUUGUUGA